AUGGUGGCCCCUACGGUGGAUAUUGAAUUAUCGGAGCCAGCCGUCUUUCUCAAUGACCCGCAGGCGGGAUCUGAAGCAGAUAUCCAGCUGGCUGGGGAAAACGAUGUUCCGCCUUCGCAGGUCCGUGGCAUCGUGAAGUUGAGUCUCCCACGUUCUGCGCGUAUUAAGGACAUUGUCAUUACCUUCACAGGUUCGUCACGUACAGACUGGCCUGAAGGCCUUAACAAGAAUGGCAUUGGCGUUGUCGAGAAGGCAGAAAUUUUGCGGUUAAAGACUAGUGUCUUCCGUGAUAGUAAGGGCAAUCCCCUGGGUCUUGGGCAGAAGGCCAAAGCUGAACAUGCGGAAGCCUAUCUUGAUCGUCGUCUCUCGCAGCCACAGCUGCUCCUGCCUGACGAAGUGGUGGCGCAGGCGCGUGAGCAUCGAAAAGAACGCCCUACGAUGCCACCGAACAACAGAUCCCUACGGUCGAUGCGUGGCCUAUUGGAUGGACUUCGGGCAGGUCGCACAUCUUCUCCCUCUACCUCUUCGCCCUCUUCGCCUUCCCACGAGAUAACUUCGCCCUUGGAUACUUCCAGUGUAUCCUCGAGUACGGUAGCGGAAUGGUUUGAGCUGCGCAAAGGCGAAUACGAGUAUCCAUUCUCCCUCUCUCUCCCCCGAGACCUCCCCCCUACGCUGCAUGCUGACUUUGGCAGCAUUUUGUACACCCUCAAAGCGACAGUAUUCCGCAGUGGCCCCCUCUCCGCCAAUGUGGCUGCACAAAAGGAAGUGACUUUGGUACAAACGCCUGACAUUUCGCAAAGCACAGCAGCCGAUACCAUUGUGGUCAAUCGAUCGUGCGAGGACAUGUUGUCCUACCACGUUGCGAUUGACGGCCACAGUUUCCCGAUUGGAACAUCGAUCCCUAUCCACCUCACGUUUAUGCCUCUCAGCAAGACCAAAGUGCAUCGUAUGCUUUUUGUGCUUGAAGAGAAAAUCGAGUACUUUGCCAACGAGCGUAAAGUCACGCGCCAUGAAAUGCCACGCAAAUGGAAGCUUCUGCAUCUUCAAUACACAGAUAGAUCGAUGCCGCUCCUCCCACUUCAAGGCGAAGAGGCCGAGACCCUGCUUCAAGGUUCGCCGCUGCGGCCCUACGUGGAGAAUGCCGCUGCUGAGAACGCACUGGAAGCAGACGAAAUCCGACUUGCACCUCUCAAUCCACUUGGUCCCUGGCGUUUUGCGAUGUCUCUCCCUGUCACGAUGGAGCGUCAGAAAAUGAUCAAUAUUUCAAGUCAGCAUCCUGGCUCCAACAUUCAUAUCUAUCACACGCUCAAAAUCACGAUCCGUGUAGAAUCGCUUGGUGGCUACCGUCCUGAUGGGACACAGACAAACACGGCAGCUGAUCCAAACGGAAAACCCCGGGUCCUCGAUAUUGUGAUUGGGGUGCCGAUUACACUUACGCAUUCCAAGACUUCCUUGGAAUGGAUUAGCUUGCCCACUUACGAGGCCAGCCAGCCUCCGGCGGACGAUUCACCACCGCUAUUUACGGCAACGGCUGAAGAGCCUUCCUAUAUACGCCCUCCUCCCCUCUGA